AUGUCACAUGUAAAGCAGUGUGAAUUAAUACUUGUGUUGCGUAACGUCCUAGCUGAAGGCAUCAAGAUGUCACUGGAAGCAAAUGGCGUAGAAAACGUUGUUGCGGGAUCUGUGAAACAACAACAGCAGGAGCAGCAACCGCGGCAACAACAAGAGGAAGUGUCGGUAGCAACAACGGGAAAGACAGACGACAGGAACGUUUGUCGAGAUUUCUUGAACAACGUUUGCUUUCGCGGUUCGCGUUGUAAGUACUAUCACCCUCCUGAACUGGUUGCAAAGUACGAUCAGUUGCGGAAGGAGGAUAAGUACGUUCAUUGUUGCUCGGAAGACAAGGAAGAGUACGAGCGGCAUGGCAAAGUGACCGAGUCGCUUGCAAGGGCUAUCGUCGCUGCCACUGGUCAGGAAAUUGUCGACGGAAGGCCACUAUGCAAGGAAUAUUUGUCAGGGCACUGCUCUCGUGGGUCGCGCUGCCGCUUUUGGCACAUCAACCCGAGGCACGAGCGUGAGGUGCUGCUGCAGCGUUCAUUGUGUACUCCUUGUUCUUCACUGCACUCCUCGGCGUUGAGUGACGAUGUUCAUCAGCAAGUGUAUCUGAGGCCGACAGCGGCGGCACCAGUGGCUGCUCCGCCUUACUCAAAUUUCGUUUAUGGUUAUUUCGGUGAAUACCGCUGUCCCCCUUCACCUGCAUUAGGCAACCGCAAGCGUUUGCGUCCAUACAGCUAUAACGGCGGCGCUUUUCCGGCUUUCACCGUUGUAUCUUCACUGGGAGGCAGCGUUGGCAGCGGUCAUGAUACUUCGGAUAGCUAUGCAGCACUGCUGGAGGAGAACGUGAGCUUGCGGCGCAGGGUCGAUUUGCUUAAGCAGUCGCUGACCGACUUGACGACGCAGAAUGACCAGCUACUGGCCGAGGUUGCACGACUGAGGGCUAAGUUGACGGCUGCAAACGUAAGUGACCCAAAUCGGGUCUGA